CUUAUCAGUUCGGUUUUGUUUUGAUUUGCGAAGGGGAGCUCAAAAUCAGCUGUUGUUUGUUUUGAUUUGCUUAUCUUUUUUUAAAAUUUCUUAAACGUUAAAGGUUUUAGUCUAAUUUUUUUUCUAAAAAUGAUAUUUAAACGAUUUUUCAGUUCGACACCCUGUCGAUUACUUCCUUCGAGCGUAAAAUAUGUCCAAGGUCAAUCACCGGCACCGAAAAUACGCGAAUACUUUUACUACAUCGACCACGAAGGAAUGCUCUUCCUGGACGACGCCCGCAUCAAAAACUUCACCUCGUGCUUCAAGGAGCGCAAGUUCCUCGAGUUUUUCUUCAAACGCAUCCGGCCCAACGAAAUCACCGCCGAGGCGAGCGCCCACUUCCGGGACCACUUUCCGUUUGUAUCGCUGUGCGGCCGCGAGCGCAACUUUAUCCGCUGCGACGACGUUCCGGCGGUUUUCACGCACGUGUUCCGUGACAAGGAAGGGGAGCGAUUGUCGUACGGGCACGCUGGGGACGCGUUGAGCGUUCCGUGGGAACCGGCGCGGGUGUGUAUGUUUCCGGCGAGUGGGCGCGUGUACCAUCCAGCCCCGGAGCGGUACGGGUCGGUGGGGUUGAUCCGGUCGCGGCUGGCGAUUGAACUGAGCAAGGACUUUAGCUUUGGGAAUGGGGAGGAGCAACCGCCGACGCACUUUUGCUGGAACGGAACCACGCACGAGCUGGACACGGAGUGGUGGAAGAGCACCUACAUCAACCGGAGGGGGGAGGUUUUGGAGUAGGGAAACGGUGAUAUCCUUAGAUUAGUCUUAGUCAUGUUGUGAGGAGGGUUGAAAUAAACCGAUUUAAUCGUC